UUAUUAGCGCCUCCAAAUUUCUCGUGUGCCCCUCAUAAUACCAAGCUCAUAAGGUUCGAAGGGUCUCUUCGCUCCCCCAAAUUCCUCGGCCGCUGUGUGUGAGUGAGUCUUUCCUCUCCUUGGCCAUAUUUGUAUUAUUGCUGUUAAUAAUACUCGGUUUCCCCUUCUCUCUUCCCACUUCGACGCCCAAAAAUUACAUGCUUCUCUACGGUUUGACUGGUGUCUGCUGAAAUGAAAAAAUAGGCGCCAACUUCUUCAACUCGGGCGGUCUCUCCGUAAAUUGAUCUCCCCCGACCUCGCGCUCUCUCCCUGUCUCACUCUCUCCAUCCAUCUCUUCUUCCAUCGGUAGCCCCUUGCGAGCGGAGGCGGGCGACGUGUAGUCCCGAUGACCAGCUUAUCGUUUUUCGAUGACGGCGUCACCCUCGACCCUCUCCUAAUCCCGACGGAGGAGGACAAAGAAGAUAAGAAAGAAGGGCUUGGCGGCAUCUUCUUCCGUCGCAUCCCCGUCGCCUCGACCGCCUUCUCGACUGCCCCUGAGUUCCACCAGUUCCUCCCCAUUCCGUCUCCCGAGUCGGAAUCGCUCCCCCGCUCGCAUCUUCCCGACGCGUCGGAUCCGAUUUCGUUCACCGCGGACGAGGGCGGCCUGUACGAUGCCGACGUCGCUGUCAGGCAGUCGGCCGAGAGGAUGGCCGGUCGCGAAGGGGACCCGAGCCCUUCCGGGUCAAGAAAGACUACUAGAUCGGAACUCGUCGGCAUGCUGGCGCUGCUGAGAGGCAUGGCUAUGGAUCCUCGUAACCGGUCGAUGGCGGCGGCGGAGGAAGAGUGGUUGGAGACGCAGGCGUUGAGAGCUCGGGAGACUUUGUUUCAGACCUUGGAUGAUGCGACUAGGAGGAGCGAGUUUCCUCCUCCUCCCGAGAGAAAGCUAAGAACUGGCAGAGUUUCCACUGAAGGAUCACAGAAGAAGAACAGUGGGAAGCUUGGUUCUGUUGAGGUGCCAACUCAGCCAAAACGGAGGUCUGAAAGGAUCGCUCAGAAUGCAAACCAAAGUAUACGCCAUCUUUGCACCCGCAGGCAACGCAUUGGAUUCGGGUCAAACUUCCAAGCAGAUGUGCCUGAUUGGACAUCCCCACCCAGUGAAACAGAUGUUUCUAAUUAUAACGAGGAUUUGAAUACCUUGAAGUGGUUGGGUACUCGAAUUUGGCCAGCAGAAGGGGAUGACAGGAAAAAUUGUGAUUUAGUUAUUGGGAAAGGAAAGCUAAAUUAUUGUGCCUGUUCCUUUCCAGGAUCUGUGGUCUGCAUAAGGUCUCAUGUGAGUGAAGCCCGACUUAAACUUAAGGAUGAUCUGGGUCAAGCUUUCUUUGCUUGGGGCUUUGAUGGUAUGGGUGAAGAAGUUUCACAGUUAUGGACAAAUGAGGAACAGAUGAGCUUUGAUGCACUUAAGAGACUAAAAAAUGAAUCAGGAUAUAACUGUUUCUGGGAAGUUGCCUCGAAGUACUUCAUCUCCAGAAGUAGACGAGAUCUUAUAAAUUAUUACUUCAAUGUCUAUCUUCUGCGACGAACAAGCAAUCAAAGUAGAUUGACACCUGAGCAUAUCAACACAGAUGAAGAGGAUAAUGAACACAGUGAAGAUGCCAGAAGGAUGAAAAGAAUAGUGAUAAAGAAAAAGGCAAAACUGAUGAGGAAUCAUGAUCAAGAUUCUUCAGGUGUUAAUAGCGUAAAGUCCUUUACCUUAGCAGCCUAAUAUUUGUUCCUGCAUUCAAUUUGAAGGCUUAUACAUGUGUAGAGAGAGAGAGAGAGAGAGAGAGAGAGAGAGAGAGUAGCUCUUCUUGGGCUACUUGAUGCUUAGCCAGUUUUUAAGAUAUUUUAAAACUCAUACUGGAUAUUUAAAAUUUGAUUUCUUCCCAUUGAA